GUCAAUACCAAUGUCAAGCUUAGUAAUGAGCAUAUAAAAUAAACAAACAGAAGCGGUGAAUGGUAAUCGAAAAAUAUGGUGUGAAUAAAAUUGAAACUAUUUAAGAAUAAAAAAUGGCUUCGUCUCAGGACGCUUGGUAUCUUUCUCUAUUAGGUUUAGCCGAAUAUUUCAGGACAUCCAGUCCUCCAAUGAUCAAAUGUUGUAUUCAAUGUUUACAAGCUGUUUUUAAUUUUAAACCGCCGCAAAGAGUUGAAGCAAGAACUCACCUACAACUCGGUAAUAUUUUAUUAACACACACCAAAAAUAUCGAUUUAGCUAAGAAUCAUUUAGAACAGGCCUGGUUAUUAUCUCAGUCAAUUAAUUCGUUUGAUGACGUGAAGUUUGAAGCCGCCAGCGUUUUAGCUGAAUUAUACGAACAGCAAGAACAAAUAUCCCUAUCGAAACCAAUUUUAAGGAAAGCUAUUGAGUUAUCACAACAUAAUGUGUAUUGGCAUUGUAGAUUGAUAUUCCAACUAGCGCAAAUUCAUGCAACUGAGAAAGAUUAUACCCUCGCAAGUAGUUUAUUAGGUGUUGGUGUAGAUUAUGCUCAUAUUUCAAAUGCUUCUUAUACAAGAGUAUUAUUUUUGUUAAGUAAAGGAAUGUUAUUAUUAAUUGAUAAAAAAUUGCAAGAAGUGCAACAAGUUUUAAACCAAGCCGGACAUUUAAUUGAGACGUGGACGGGAGCUGUUUAUCAAAAAGAAUAUGUUAAAGUAUAUUUUCUUGUUUUACAAGUAUGUCAUUAUCUAAUGGCUGGUCAAGUUAAAAGUGUUAAACCGUGUUUAAAGCAGCUCCAACAGAGUAUACAAACUAUUAUGGCUUCCGAUGAUGUUUUUAUGGGUCCAAGUGCGGGUGAUAUGUUUUUAUGGAUGCCGAAAGAACAUUUGUACGUUCUGGUUUAUUUAGUCACCGUUAUGCAUAGUAUGCAGGCCGGUUAUAUGGAAAAAGCCCAAAAAUAUACUGAUAAGGCUUUAAUGCAGAUUGAAAAAUUGAAAAUUGUAGAUAAUAAACCGAUUCUAUCAGUAUUCCAAUUAAUGUUAUUGGAACAUAUAAUAAUGUGUCGUUUAGUAAUGGGUAAUAAAACGCAAGCUCUACAAGAAAUAUCAUCAGCGGCUGCAUUAUGCAAACAAAGUCCCCGUCUAUUAGAAACUCACGGACCUCAACUACAUACUUUAUUAGGAUUAUAUUCUAUGAGUAUGAAUUGUAUGGAAGCAGCGGAAGCUCAAUUUAUAGCUGCCUUAAACACGUCUAGAGAAAGAGAACUUUGGACAUUCGCUAAUCUCAAUUUGGCUAUUGUUUAUUUAAGGGGUAAAAGAGAAGCAGAUUUUAACGCUUUACAUGAUAGAAUUAAUCCGGAAAGUCUUCCUUCGCAUUCUCACAGCUUAAGAGCAGCAGCUUAUUACGUACAAGGCUUACAAGCUUUCUUUCAAGGUAGAUAUAAUGAAGCAAAGAGAUACCUCAGGGAGACGUUGAAAAUGGCCAACGCCGAAGACUUAAAUAGAUUAACGUCAUGUUCUUUGGUUCUUCUAGGUCAUAUAUUUUUAUCUUUGGGUAAUAGCAGGGAAAGUAUGAACAUGGUAACGCCUGCUAUGCAAUUGGCAAGCAAAAUACCCGAUGUACACGUUCAAUUAUGGGCUUCGGCUAUUCUUAAAGAUUUGAAUCGUAUUUGUGGGGAUACGCAACAAGAAAACGAAUCUUAUCAGAGACACGUUAAUUUUUCACAGAUGUUAUUAACAGAUCAUUUUCAAGCAUCUCAAAUGCCCGAACAUAAUCUUAUAAUGUGGACGCAUGGUAAUUUCCCAACGGAUACUCCAACUACUUCGAAUAGUCUCAUAUAAACUGGUCGGUGUGAGUUCUCUUUGGGCUUUCUUAAAACCAUCCCUUUAGGUCUUCUUUUAAGCACUUUCUAAACCUUUUUGUUUCUUAAAACAACCAUUUUUUUCCUUAUUUUGUUUCAUUAUUACAAAUUUGAGGUUUAUGUACAUAACCGUUGAUGGUCUGAUCAGUCCUUUAGCUUGGUGAACACCUUCUUAUCCAACUAUCAACUUUUUUCUAUCUAAUUAUCUCUUUGGUCUUCUUCCAACCACCUUCUAGACCUUUUUUUCUAAAACUAUCAAUUUUUGCCUUAUUUUGCUUCAUUAUUACAAAUUUGAGGUUUUGGGGUUUGUUUACAUAACCGUUGAUGGUCUGAUCAGUCCUUUAGCUUGGUGAACAUCUUUUUAUCCAACUAUCAACUUCUAGACCUUUUUGUUUGCUAAAACUAUCAAUUUUUUCUUAUUUUGCUUCAUUAUUACAAAUUUGAGGUUUUGAGCUUCAUUUCCAAAACCGUUGAUGACCUUCUCAGCCAUUCACCAUCAUCUCAUCCAACUAUUAACCUUUCUUUUCGAUCGGUCUCCCAUUGCAAGGAAUCAUCUACUUCCGUUGAGAAUAUAAAUAUUCGUAGAUGAUUUUUUGAACCUAAUCAGUCCAUUAAGUUAAGGAAUUCCCUGUAGUUCCUUUUCCGAAACAAUCAGUCUCUAGAGAUUGUGAUUAUAUGUUUUAAUUAAAAUUAGAUACGUACCUUUAAGUCUAAUAUUUCUCAACAUGUGGUGGUGAUUUAAUUAUUUUUACUUCCUAUUUAUUAUUACUUACCUGAUAUGAUGAUUUAUCUUCCACUGUUAUAUUUGGUUUAUCGAUUUUAAAACAACGUCCAACAUGGUCGUGUAUCUGUAUGUUAUGGUUUUAACUACAGAUUUAGGCCUUAUUGACUUUUUUUAUCGUACACACUUUAUACAUUUUAUUAUUUUAUUUAAUAUAAAAAUAUUGUUAGUCCCCUAUAUAGAAUUUUUCCAUGAAAUGCGUGGAUUAUUAAUACAGACUUUUUUUUAUAUAAUUUAUAUUUACACGAAUAUAUUAAAUUGUCUUUUAUCAAUUCACUUGGUAAUAAUUUUAAAUCAGCAUCUUUAUAAAUAUUUUUUGAAAAUA